GAUCUGACCCAUUUUGCUCUCAAUUCUCUCUCUCUCUCUUUCUGAGGUACUUUUCCUAAUUUUGGAAUUGGAUUUUGGGAGUCAAAAGGGUCUUCUUUUUUGCAAACUCUCUCUCUCUCUCUCUUGCGGGUAAAAUCCUUUUGUGCUUAUCUCACUCCUCCACACUGUUGGAACCAUGGCAGUUGAGGUUGUGGGAUUUGAGAUGGUUGAAGGGCCAGUGGAUAACAAUGCUGAAGGAGACAAAUCUGUUUCACAAGAAAAUGUAAGUGAGAAAUUGGAACAAGAUGCAGGAGUUGCAGAACCCAUUAAAUUCGGGUCACAUGGGGAUGAAUCUGCUAAAGAAGAAGGGAAUGUUGUUUCAGAUUCCAAUGCCCCCAAAGAUGUCCCCAAAGAUGCUGUUGAAGAGUGGCCUGCGCCGAAGCAGAUACAUUCUUUUUAUUUUGUCAGGUUCCGGCCUUAUGAUGAUCCCAACAUUAAAGCUAAACUUAAUAAGCUUGAUAAAGAGAUUAGCCAGAAAAAUCAAGUGCGGAUUAAGCUUACUGAAUCUAUAAGGGCAAAGCGGUCAGAAAGAGCGGAGUUGAUUUCUCAGAUUAAGGCUCUAAGAGAUGACAAUAGGCAAUUUCAGAAUAUUGUCGAUGAAAAAAUAAAAGAGAUUGGACCUCUGCAAGAGGCACUGGGCAAGCUGCGUACUGCAAAUAAUGCAGGCCGGGGUGGAUUGUGCUCAUCUGAGGAGGAACUUGACAAUAUUAUAUACAGCUUGCAAUACCGCAUACAGCAUGAGAGUAUUCCAUUGGCUGAGGAAAAACAAAUCCUUAGAGAAAUCAAACAGCUUGAGGGGACUAGGGAGAAGGUUAUUGCUAAUGCGGCUAUGAGAGCCAAAGUGCAAGAUUCUAUGGGACAGAAAGAAGCCCUUCAAGAUCAGGUUAAGCUUAUAGGCGUUGAUUUGGAUGGAGUUAAAAAAGAGAGGCAGGUAGUUCGGUCCAAAAUCAAGCAACUUGAUGAUGCGCUGAAAGCCAUAGACAAGGAUAUCCAGUCUUUACAGGAAGAACUAGGAGCUGUUACUCAAAAGAGGGAAAAAGCUUAUGAAAGCAUUCAGCAGCUAAGAAAACAGCGUGAUGAGGGGAACUCCCAUUUUUACCAAAGUCGUGCAAUUUUGACCAAAGCACGGGAGCUUGCUGCAAAUAAAGAUAUUAAUGCUCUUGAGGAACUUUCACAAGGAGAGGUUGAGAGAGUUAUGUCACUCUGGAGCAGUGACAAAUCAUUUAGGAAUGACUAUGAGAAAAGAAUCUUACCGUCAUUGGACAUGCGGCAGCUGAGUAGGGAUGGUCGGAUGCGGAACCCAGAUGAAAGGCCACUGCUGGAAGAACUGAAACCUGCUGAAACUGAUGCAUUACCAAAAACCACUGUAAAACAGCCUAAGGAGGAGCCGAAAUCAUCUCUGCAUGAAGCUGUACCCACUCAGAAGGUUCAGAAAGAAACCAAAAAGAAAGGAAGGGACUUGAAACCAAAUCUGGAUGUUAAGGAUUUAGAAGAUGCUGAAGACUAUGAUUAUGAAAGGCCGAAGGAGACUCCUGUCAAAGAGCCUGCAAUUGAUCCAGAAAAGCUUAAAGAGAUGAAAAGAGAAGAGGAAAUUGCGAAACAAAAGCAGGCAAUGGAAAGGAAGAAGAAGCAAGCAGAGAAAGCUGCAGCCAAAGCAGCUAUUAGAGCACAAAAAGAAGCUGAGAAGAAGCUUAAGGAACGUGAAAAGAAAGCAAAGAAGGCUGCAGCUGGUCCAAAUCCUGAGGAACCAGAAAAUGAAGUGGAAGAGGUUGUUACAGAACAGGAGAAGAAGACAAAUGGCAAUGCUGAAGCCUUGGCUCCGGUGAAGGAGAAGGUCCAAAAGGAGAGCAGCAUUAGGUCCCGGGGCAGAGCAAAAGCCACGAAGGGCCCUGAGUCAAUUCCAAAAGCAAUUCUUAAGAGGAAAAGGUCUAACAACUACUGGGUAUGGAUUGCCUCUUGUGUUGUGUUGGUUCUGGCCUUGUUGGUGCUUGGAUACACCCUUCUUUUUUGAAAAGCUUAGAUCUAGAAGGAACUGUAAACCAAUUUUCUAUGUGAGUGGCUAGGUUUGCCAGUUAUUUUAUGUUAUAUACAGCCCUCCUGGUGGAGUGGAUCAAACACACACCGUGUUAUGCUUAGUUCUUUCUGAGGGGAGAAGUUGCAUACAUUUUAGUCCGACUACGUAUUUUCAAAUUUUGUUCUGAUUUCAUGUUAACGGAAGCUUGGAUUUCUGGGUUUUUUAGGGGGUAGUUUAUCAGAUUAAUGGCACUGUGAUAUACUGAAAACUUGUGUUGGGAUAUUUUAUAUGUUUUAGUUUUGGUAAUAUAUAACAAAAUCUUUUGU